GCCGCCUCCUCGUGCUUGCGUGUAUAGUACUUGUAUCGGUUCGAGGCCUCCUACCGUUGGGCGAGCCUCGCCGGUCGGACGUCGCGGCGCCGCAUGAGGCCACGACCGCGCGCGGGUUCACAGAGUUCCGCCGGCGCCCGGCGCCUUCUGCUGGCAGUCAGCUGCCGGUGUUUUUCUCUAGCAACUCUGCUGCACCUUGCUCGGCUGCUCGGUGUGGACAUGGCCCCUAGUGGCAGCAGCUGCUAGUCAGCUACCAGCAGUCAGCGUGCACAAAAUUUGAAUAGCCCAUGGAUAAAACAUAGUAGCACGGUAUACAACUAUGGCGUAAUACAGUAGUUUUGUUUUUCUUUUUACCGUGCAAGGCAUCUAGUUCGGGCCAGAGCUUACUGCCCCUUCUGGAAGCUCGGGAACAACAGGAAGUGGGCAAGGACAGCAGUAAUCUCAACUCCAGGGCGCCCAAUGUAGUCUUGUCGAACUCAACUUGAUGUGCUAGGCCUGGUGUUCUUGGAAGUCGCGGCCUUCUACGGGGUCUACCUGAACCUAGUCGUGUACCUCCAGGACGUUCUCCAUGGAGACAGUGCUUCCAACGCGGCGGCCGUCAGUCUCUGGGCCGGUGCGAGCUACCUGAUGCCCGUGAUCGGCGCCGCCAUCGCCGACUCUUACUGGGGCAAGUACAAGACCGUGCUCGUCGGCCUCUCCAUCUCUCUCGCUGGGAUGGUCGUGGUCACGACAUCGGCCACGCUGCCGUCGUUGAGGCCUCCGCCGUGCGAGCACGGCGCGUGCUGCGCCCCGGCGACUCUGACCCAGCGGCUGGUGUUCUUCGCGGGCAUAUACCUGUGCGCCGUCGGGACCGGCGGCGCGAAGGCGAUCAUAGUCUCGUUCGGGGCGGAGCAGUUCGACGACGACGACAGCGGCAAGAGCGCGGCGGAGCGGGAGUGGAAGGCGUCCUACUUCAGCUGGUACUACGGGGUGGGCAACCUGGCCGUGGUCACCUCGGGGACCCUGCUGGUCUGGGUCGAGGAAGAGGUCAGCUGGGGGAUCGGGUACGGCGUCUGCGCAGCGUUGGUGGCGGCGGCCGUCGCCGGCCUCGCCGCGACGGCGCCCGUGUACCGGAUCGUGCCGCCGGUGGGCAGCCCACUGAAGGGCUCGUGCCAAGUGCUCGUCGCGCUAGCUCACAAGGCGAACGUGAGGGUACCUGACAAUGCUGCUGAGCUGUACGAGGAGGUGCGUGCCAAGACUCCGUUGCUCGAACCAGCGCGCGAGCAGCUGGAGCACACCGACCAGUUCAGGUUCCUGGACAAGGCCGCGGUCGUCUCAGGCGCGGACCUUGAAGACGCCAGCCCGUGGAGGCUGUGCACGGUGACCCAGGUGGAGGAGCUCAAGAUUCUGCUCCGGCUGAUCCCGAUCUGGCUCACGUCGGCCGUGUACUUCGUCGCCAACUCCCAGGCGCAGACCACCUUCGUGCAGCAGGGCACGAUGACGGACUCCAGGAUCGCGGGCGGGGCCUUCUCCGUCCCGGCCGCGUCGCUGACGAGCAUCCAGACGGUGUUCGUGGUCGCCUCCAUCGCGCUCUACACCAGGGGCGUCGCGUCCGCGGCGCGCCGCUUCCUGGGCCGCGCGGAGGCACUCACGCCGCUGCAGCUCAUGGGGUUCGGGCACGGCGCGGUGGCCGCCGCGGUGGCCCUCGCCGCGUGCGCGGAGGCGCGCCGGCUGGCGAGCGUCAGGGCCGGUGCCGCGCCCAUGGGCAUCGCGUGGCUGCUGCCGCAGUACGUGGUGAUGGCCGUCUCCGACGCGUCGCUCAGCGUCGGGCAGCUGGAGUUCUUCUACGACCAGGCGCCGGAGACGAUGAGGGGCGCGUCGACGGCGUUCUACUUCCUGUCCGACUCGAUCGGGAACCUCCUCAGCUCGCAGCUGGUGACGCUGGUGUCGUCGGUGACCGCGGCGGGCGGGCGGAAGGGGUGGUUCCCGCCGGACAUGGACGACGGGCACCUGGAUUACUACUUCCUCCUCCUCGUCGGCAUCACCGCGUUGAACUUUGCCCUUUUUGUUUACCUCGCAAAGAAUUACAUGCCGAAGAGAAUUAGAUAGGUUUCACUUGUGUCUUGUAUAUCCAUGGAAAUGCAAAUAUAAACUGGAGUUGAUGCAAACAUGCAAUUUUGGAUUAAAUUUUA